UUAGUAUGAUACUAGGUUCAGACGAGUUAUUUCAAUUAGUGCUGUUUCACAUUUCUUUAAGUACCGUUGAGUUAAAUUUUUUUUUUCAAUUUCCUCCUUUUGUAGGUUGUUAGUCACUCAAAGAAAUUAUAUUUGCAAAAUAAAUCUGUUAACGGUCCCUAAGGCACGUACGCCUUUCAGUAAUCUAUCACCACUUAGUCUAUCAUAUUCAUACAAAGUAACAUUACUUAGGUAGGUACACUACAAGAAUCAAAUUUUUGACGUAAAUUGCUGUUACCAAUAUGGCUAACGGUAUAAAGAAACUUGAUGAAUAUAAUUUAAUGGUGCUCCGAGAACAACUAUCAUUGCCUGCUAAUAAAUAUUGUUUUGACUGUCACCAAAGAGGACCAACAUAUGUGAAUGUUACCAUAGGCUCAUUUGUCUGUACAUCAUGUUCUGGACUAUUACGAGGCCUUACUCCACCACACAGAGUGAAAAGUGUGUCAAUGGCAACAUUUAGUACUGAGGAAAUUGAUUUCAUAAAAUCCAGAGGAAACGAGAGCUGUGAAAGGGUCUGGUUAGGGAUGUAUGACUCAAAACAACCUACAAAUGAUGAAAAACAAAUAAAAGAUUUUAUGGUUGCAAAAUACGAGAAAAAAAUGUAUUAUUCUGAUCAAGUUUCACGAAAAUUAAGUAAUGGUAUUCAAACAAGACCCGCUGUUACCAAUACUACUACAAAUCAAAAACCUAAUAUCACUACUACACCUGCAAUAAAUAUAUCAAACAAAUUUGAGUUUUUAAAAGAAGAACUUUCUAACCAAAAUCAAUCUCCAAUUCAAACAUCCCAAUCUUUUGCAAAUUUUGAAAACAACCCAGUAUUUUCUACGUCUUUCGAUAAUUCUAAAAAUAUUGACUUAAAUUUUAAAUUUGUUCAACCACUUCAAACCGGAUAUUUUGAUUAUUUGACAUCAAAUCCAUUACAAUUUUCACCAGCAAGAAAACCGAACAACAUAAAUAAUCGAUGGAGUGUUGCUGUUGAAAGUACAAGUCCUAGUACUAGUUGGAAAUCAAAUGGUACGCUAAGUCAAGCACCAACUGAAGACCGUUAUGCUGCAUUGAAAGAUCUCGAUUGCUUAAUGAAAUCUCAAGUUCAACAAGAUACUCCUCCCCAAUUAAAUAAUAGUAACAGUUCUGCAUGGAGUUCCGAUGCAUCUUUGAAUGGAACAUGGAGCAGUCAAGUUUCUGAAAAUACACCUCAAAAUCCAUUCAAAAAUAGCGUUCAAGAUGAUUGGACAUCGAAUCAUGUAGUUAAUCCAUUUUCAAAUAACAUACCAGAUGAUUGGCAGAAUAAUAUUGAAUGGCCAAAUAAUUUAACUUCCAGCCAAUCAAUGGGUUUUAAUGAUGUAACACCUUGGAGUGCAGAUUUCUCUAAUCCAUUUAAAUUUUUAUUUAUAUAGGUUGGAUCAGCAUCUCCGUUAAAUAAGCAUUCAAGCAAUCCAUUUUUAUAAAAUUAAUUACAUCUCUCAUUAUAAAAAAUAAAAUUAUCUGGUAAAUUGAAAAAGGAUUCAACAUCAAUGCAUAACUAUAACAAUGGAUUUAUUAUAUUUUAAUUUAAUACAAAUACUAUGUUAUAAAUCUCAACUUGGCGGAAAAUAUAAUUAAACAUAUUUAUUAUUAAUUAGAAAGAAAUAUUAGUUUUUUAUCAACUAUUUAUUUCAAGUGUAUAAUCUCAUAUAGCUGGCCAUUAUUACUAUUCCUACAUUCAAAUUUAUGCAAUUAUCUAGUCUUGAAAAUAUUUUUUCAUAAUAUAUUUUUUAUAGUUUGCCUCAGUUUUUACAUAAUUAUUUUUUAAAUAAAAGUUAUUUUUAUAAGUUUUAAAUAUUUGCCAAUGCAACUUAAUAUAUGAUUCUAUAUAUUACAUGAUCAGUGUAUCAAAUAAAUGUUGUACCAUUUUAUUCAUUAAUAUUCUUAAAAUACAGUUUGUCUUGCACGUUGUAACUUUUGAAACCAUAAAUUUAUUUUUAUAUAUAUUUACUCCAGAAACGUGGAAAAUUAGUGAAUGUGUCAGUUUAUUGUAAUUCAAACCUCCAAAUUUCAUCCAAAUAGCUUAAAAAAUUGUGCUUUAGUUUUUGAUGAAGUUUCUCGUAGGUAUAACCUUAUGUACUAAAAAGUUGUAUUUCACUGCAGUCUCAAUGUUUUUGAAUUCUGAUUUCUUUAUUUAAGUGUGCUAAAAUAAUUUUUAAAUUAAAUAAAUCACUAUAUGCAGUACUAUAAUUUAGCAAAAUAUUAUUAGUUAUAACGUAAAAAUUUGAAUUUAAUAGCAUGUCAUCAAACCAUUAUCUUAUCAUGCCCGAUCAGGUUUACAUAAAUUAUAUUUGUUAUAACUUAUAACUACGCAUGUUUAACAUUAAAUUUCUAAGUAUAUUAAUUUU